AUGGCACAGAAUGAGCGUGACUAUUUACCAAUCCAUAAAGUUGCAGACAUUGCAGUAUCCCCGCAAUCACAUAAUCAUAAUUUGAGCACUUGGCAAUUGGUUCAUUGUUACAAUCGUUGCAGUGUCCCAUCAUCACUUUCAAAGAAGCUGAAUCCUGAAGAAGUUAGUGGUACUUCUCUACAAAAAGUACAAGUCAAAACAGUUUUGAGAAAUAGAUUAUGCCUCUUUGUCAUUUUGUCUAUCAGAGAAGUUUGGGGAUAUGGUCAGGUUCCUCAAGAUGAAUGGUCUGGAUAUACUCCUCGUGGCAAAGAUGAAGAGAUUCCUUGUCGGCGAAUGCGUAGUGGCAGCUACAUUAAAGCCAUGGGAGAUGAUGACAGUGGAGACUCAGACACUAGCCCAAAGGCAUCUCCAAAGAUUGCUGCACGCAGAGAGAGCUAUCUUAAGGCCACCCAGCCAUCACUUACAGAGCUCACAACCCUCAAGAUAUCCGGUGAACAUUCUCCAAAGCUUCAAAUCAGAAGCCACAGUUACUUGAGGGCAGUGAGUGAAGUUUCAAUCAAUAGGAGUUUGGAUAGCUUGGAUCCUGCGGCUCUGCUUACAUCUCCUAAGUUUCGUUCCCGAAAUGAAAGCUACAUGAGGGCGAUGAGCACUAUUAGUCAGGUGAGUGAGAUGGAAGUAAAUGGUCAGUUUGAAUCAGUCUGUGAGUCUGUAUUCAGCGAACUAGAGUCUCAGGCAGUAGAAGCCCUAGAUCUGCCAAUGCCUGGGUGUUUCCGCAUGAGGAGCCACAGUUAUGUGAGAGCAAUCGAAAAAGGCUGUUCCCAAGAUGAUGAAUGUUUGUCUUUGAGAUCCUCAUCUCCACCUCGCACAACCACUACUGUAAGGACCAUCCAAAGCAGCACUGUUUCCUCUUGCAUUACCACCUAUAAGAAGACACCACCUCCUGUCCCACCAAGAACCACCACCAAACCUUUUAUCUCCAUCACAGCCCAGAGCAGCACAGAAUCUGCCCAGGAUGCCUACAUGGAUGGACAUGGACCAAGGGGAGAUAUCAGUCAGUCAGGACUUAGCAAUUCUACUGAAAGCUUGGACAGUAUGAAAGCACUCACUGCUGCUAUUGAAGCAGCUAAUGCACAGAUCCAUGGUCCUGCUAGUCAGCAUAUGGGCAACAACACAGCUACUGUCAUGACCACUGCCACCAUUGCAACAGUAACUGCAGAUGACAGAAAAAGAAAUCAUUUCAAGAAAAACAGAUGUCUGUCCAUUGGAAUACAGGUUGAUGGCGGAGAUGAAUCCUCUAGUUCCAGUGAAACCAGAGUGUGCAGUAAGUUCCAAUCCAUAGGUGUUCAAGUAGAGGAGGAAAAAUGUUUCCGCAGAUUUACCCGAUCAAAUAGUGUUACAACAGCUGUUCAAGCAGACAUGGAUUUCCAUGAGAACUUUGAAAUGUCCAUGGACCCUCAAGAUGAUCAAUCAUAUUCUGGGCCAAUGUCAAGACAAUAUUCCCGAGAUAUUAGCACUUCCACUGUUAGCAUACAAGGCUCAGGAAACCAUUAUCAUGCAUGUGCAGUAGAUGAUGACUUUGACACUGAUUUUGAUCCUUCCAUUUUACCUCCACCGGAUCCUUGGAUUGAUUCUAUAAUUGAAGAUCCAAUUGAAGCUGUUCAAAGGUCUGUGUGCCACAGAGAUGGACAUUGGUUUCUGAAGCUUCUUCAAGCAGAAAGAGAACGUAUGGAAGGUUGGUGCCGACAAAUGGAGAGAGAAGAACAAGAAAAUCAUCUUCCAGAAGAAAUUUUAGGUAAAAUUCGAACUGCAGUUGGUAGUGCCCAGCUUCUCAUGGCUCAGAAAUUUUACCAAUUCAGAGAACUUUGUGAAGAAAAUCUGAAUCCCAAUGCACAUCCGAGACCAGCCUCCCAAGAUUUAGCAGGGUUUUGGGAUAUGCUGCAGUUGUCCAUAGAAAAUAUUAGUAUGAAAUUUGAUGAACUUCAUCAGUUAAAGGCCAAUAAUUGGAAACAGCUGGACCUACAUGACAAGAAGGAGAGAAGGGCCCCUCCUCCAGUGCCAAAGAAGCCAUCGAAAGGUCAGGUGCCACUCAUUCGGGAACGCUCUUUGGAGAGCUCACAGCGUCAGGAGGCCCGGAAACGGCUGAUGGCUGCCAAACGAGCUGCAUCGGUUCGUCAGAACUCAGCCACUGAAAGCGCCGAAAGCAUUGAGAUUUACAUCCCCGAAGCCCAGACCAGGCUAUGAAGGGAUCCAACCAGGAGGACUGUUAAUGGCAAGAAAUAUCUCUUGUAUAAUUUGCCCUAGGUCCAUGCUCAGAGAUACCAAUAUGUAUUUGUAUUUCUCUCCUCUUCCUUUUAUCUCUCUCUUCUCUCCCAAUGAAUUAACACUUCUGUGGUGUAACUGUCAAUUCUCCAAGAGGGUUUUGCUAACAUCCCUUGCUUUCUAAAGGUUUGCCCAUCUCAACCUAGUGCUUUGCCAUAUGUACUGAUGCUGCCCACUUUGCCUCUUGUAAAGAAUCCCAUACACCCAUAAAUAACACCUCUCUUCCUUUAUGUCUCAUGUACACACAUGUAUGCGCGCACACACACAUAUACACAGAGAUCUGUAUGAUAGAUGCACCGAUUUAUUUAUCUUUGUUCUUAAAAGCUAGUCUGUUAUCUAGUGUACAGCAAUAUUCCAUUAUUUGGUAUUUUGGAAAUCCAGUAUUUCAGGGUAAUAAUACCUUUAGGAUUCUGUUGUCCUCCACAUUGAUAGUGAAUGGAGCUUGGGCUCAGAAUCCCUUCUUUAUAUGACUAUUUUUUUUUUUAUUUUAUUUUUUAGAAACAGAGAAACAUAUGAUUUUGAUCUUUCAAGAUAAUCCUUUUCAUCUGUCAUACCAGAAGGAGAUGGGGCAAUAGGUGUAUUGCAGUAAAAGUUCAAAUGAGUCAUGGGGAUGAAAUGUCUGCCAUUCCAUGAAAAGACUAGCAGCUGCACAAACUGCCUCACUUUAUUUCCUCAAACUCAACUUAGAAUUUUUUUGAUCAGGAGAAGACUGUAAAAUCUAUCUUCCAAGGUAGUAAUAUUUAAGGCAAUAACAAGACAGCUUAGAUGAAUUUAAAAGAUGACUGAAAAUUGGGAUUAAAGGAAUAUUUCAUCAAAUCAAUUAGUAAGAAUUUUUAACCUUGUACUAUAUUGUCAUUUCCUAUUACAAUGUGUGCAUUUUAAAAGGGAAAAUCAUUUGUUGAUUUCCUGACUUUGAUGAGCUUUCAGAUUUUGCACAUCUCCAACUAGUUGUUUGUUUCUAAAAUGCUGUAAAUGAAAUACAUGUUGUAUACUACUCAUGACAUUGAUCUCAAGUGUUUCAUAUUCCCCUUUUUUUCUUUAAAAUUGAGAAUAUCUUUCUUUACAAAACUGUUUUAAAGCAUGUAGUCUACACCUAAUGCUAGACUGUUUGGGAAAAAGACUGAUAGGCAACAGAGCUAUGCAGUGUUUUACAAAUGAUUUCAAAAAAGUUGCUUCAUCUUUGGAAGGACAAACAUAGAACUUGUUUGUGAAUCUUUAAAGCAGCCAUAUCUUUUCCUAGGAUUAUGUCUCUCUCUCCAGAGUUGCUAAAACAAAAAAUCUUUUUGGAACCAAAUAUGAAACACUGCUUAGCCCUAAUAAGCAGUCCUGGUAUAGGACUGUAGAAUACAAUCUGACCAAACAGAAAGUAUGAUGAUUUCACAAGCACCACAAUUUUAAGGAAAGCAUCUAACAUGCACUUGUGCAUGUUUAAAUAAUUAGAGAAUUAACAGUUCAUGUCCUAAAGGAGGUGUUGGGUUCAGUUGCAAGGUUUGGUCUACAUUCUGUUGCCAAAACCAUAGAUGAAACUAAAACACUCAACAGAUUAUAGAUCUGGACUAUAUAUCAUUUUUUAGUUGUAUCCUCCCACGUCACAUGAGCAAAGAAUUGUGGGUCACUUCUUAUUUUAAUAUUUAACUACCCAUAUCAGCAUCCAUGUCAAGUACGGAAUAUAAUACUUUACUGACAGAUCAAGAAAGAAUUUUAAAGAAGUGAAUUAGUGCUAAUGCAAUACACUGAAUGACUGUCUUGUAAUCUGUAUUAUCAAAGCUGGCUUUUAAUUAUGUUAAGGUCAAAACUUUUCAAAUAUGAAACUCUUAACUGGUUGGAUAGUAAAAUUACACCGUUCAAUCUCGCAGUGAUAGAAAUUACCAUUCAAAAGUUGGCUUUUUCUUUUGUGCCUUUUUUUGAGAAUAUACGUAUAUCAACAGAUCAUGCCAGAACAUGUUGUAAUGAUACAGUAUCAUUUUUAGGCUCUACCUUUCUUUCUUUUUUUCAAGAAUCUGGGAGAGGUAACAGGUAUGGAAAUCUUUAAAAAAAUGUAAAAUCACUAGAAAAUUUGCUACCUCUCAAAGCCAUUGAUAUAUCCAAGCUAUAUACUUAUUAACAGGGCACAAAAUAUCACUGCUGUGUUUUACAAGUAAAGGGCUAAUAAUUUCAUAUUUUUAAGACUUUUAAAGGCAAGGAUAAAAAUCCAGUGUUAACUCAAAACUGAAAAUCUGACUUGCAACAUUUGAAUUGUAUUGUGUUGAGAAUGUUUUUGCUUUACUUUGUAGCCUCUUUUUAAUAUUUGAAGGCUUGCACAUUAUUUGCAGUCAAUAUCAGUAGCCACCUUUAAAUAUAGACAUGGUGUUUUAAAAAAAAUUGGACUCUUCAUACACAGAUGUGCAAAACAUGUCAUAUCGAUCUGUUUUCACAACUAUAUUAUUUCUGUGGUAUUUGAAUCCCAUGAAAAAAAAGUUUAAAAUCUAGCUGAAAUGCUGCUGAAAAAAAAUGUGUUAAGGUAAUAUAUCUAGCAAUGUUAUAUACCAUAUGAUUACAGACAACGAUGUACUACAAAGUAGCCAAUUGUUUUAUUUAGAUUACCCCUGGGGAAAAAGUGGUGAGGAUCACAACUUAAUUUUAUAUUUUAGGAAAGAUGUAUUUACACAUCAUGACUUAAAGAAAUUUGUUAACAUGAUACCUCAUUAUUCAUCUGGGUUUGACGUAGACAUAACAAUUAUAUCUUCUAAUAAAUUCCUAGAACAAUGCAGAAGAUAUGAAGAUGUUGAACAUCUGCAGGCAACAGAAGGAUUUAAGAAACUACAGUCCUGCAAUGGACAAUAGUGCCACCCAGAUUACUUUUUGGCACUGCAGGUCCAUAAAUCAGGCUGCUGCUUUUACUCUGAUUCCCUGUUGCGGACCUUUUUAUCUAUACAAAGCAAAAAGAAAAACAUUUUCAAAUAAUUUGUUUGCAGGGAAUCUUAUCAUGCUCAGAUUUCUUCAACUGAAAUUGGUGGGAAUUAGAAACUUUAAUUGGCUAAAUUGUGUCUUUUAUUAUUUCAAUUGAUUUUGUAGAGUUUAUUUUAUUCGAAUUUCUGAAUCUCUGCAAAAAAGCUGCAAUCAGUGUUUUAAAGUACAAUUGGGAUUAGGGGAUAUUAAAAAAAAGAGGUUGACCUCUUAAAUCAAAAGUUUUAAAAUAUUUAUUAUAUAUAUUUUUGCAGAUCUUUCCAUAAAAUACCUUUAACAGUGCAAUACAAUGCAGGUCUACUUAGAUGUAAGUGUCACUGAAUAAAACAGAGUUUAUUUCCACUCAGUAUGGUUUAAUACUCUUACCCAAGCUGGUGCAUUCAGAUAGUUUGGAGUUCUUCUAAAUCUUUUAGUAAUUCCAAGCACACUAGGCGAACACAUCUCAAUUGUGCCAAAUUGGAGAAGACUGUUAGGAUACAAAUGUGAACUGUAAUUAAUCUGGGAAUAAUCUCAUUUAAUCUGUGCUUUACUUCUAAGUAGACACACAUAAGCAUGCACUGUUGUUCUUUUGUAAUGAGAGAUAAAGAAAGAUUAAAUGUUUUAAUAUAAAAAAGUAAAUGCUAGUAUCUUAUUUAUAAUAUAUUUCCAUUUAUUUAUUGGGUGUCCCCUUAAUGUUUUGUUAUGCACUAUCACUUUAAUUUGUAUUUUAUAUUUAUGAAUUUAAAGUUUGUUUUUUUAAUUUAUAAUGCAUAGUUUUACUAGAAUGUGAAUCAGAAUCAGUGACAUAGAUGCAUUCUAGCUGUAUUCCUAGUCAGGAUAAUCCGUUUUUGUUUUUUCCUUUUUUUGCAAAACUGCUACCGUUUUAAAAACUCUAGAUGGAAGGCUGGAGAGCAUUAUAUGGCACUUUGAAUUAGUUUUUCAUAGGAUUAUCUACUUAUCUGAUAUGUGGACACACAAAAUGUAAAUAGAUUAAUGUUUCCCGUAAUGUAAAAAGAGCAAAUUAAUA